AUGAAGUUCGUCAAAUCUACUACGGGAGUAUUUCAGUCCAAAACCCUAGUGUGUGUGUGAGAGAGAGAGAAAGAGAGAGAGAUGGCGUGCAGUUCAGGGUCCUGUGAAUCCGGUUGCUACAAAGACAACAACGAAGCCGAAGCAGCAGGAGAAGAAAACCAACACUCGCUUAAAAACGAACCGCCCAACGGCGUCCCGACGGGUAACAACGGUGUUAACCGCCACAAUCUAUGCAUAAAGUGCAAGUCCAAGGAAACCAUCGCCGCCACGAACCCCACGCCGGCCGCCUUGGCUGCAGGCGGCGAUGGCGGCCGGUUUUGUGCCGAGUGUUUUCGGAGCAAUCUAUUCGGGAAAUUCAAGUUCGCCGUCACCUCUAACGCCAUGAUUUCUCCCUCCGACAACGUCCUUGUCGCUUUCUCUGGCGGUAGUUCUUCGAGGGUGGCCUUACAGUUCGUACAUGAGAUGCAAUGCAAAGCACAGAAGAAUUUUGAUGCAAGUAGAGAUAGGUCACUACCAGUAUUUAGUGUAGGUGUUGCUUUUGUUGAUGAAAGUGCCAUUUAUCCAGUCUCUUCCCAGCAACUUGAUGAUGCUAUUGAAGACAUGAAACUUAUUGUAUCGAAUUUAACACCCCCAAGGAAGGUGUUUCAUGUUAUCCCAACUGCAAGCAUCUAUUCUUCAGAUUUAGGGGAGGGGAAAGACAGGUUGAGAGAGUUAGUAAAUGCUGUUAGUGAUGUCACCGGGAAAGAAGAUCUUAUGCUGCAUCUGCGAAUGUUGUCAUUGCAAAAGAUUGCUCUUGAAAAUGGAUACACCAAACUUCUGUUGGGGUCAUGUACAUCAAGGAUAGCUUGCCAUGUCAUUACAGCAACCGUUAAGGGCCAGGGUUACUCUUUAGCAGCAGAUAUACAAUAUGUUGAUGCAAGAUGGGGGGUACCAGUGGUGCUUCCCGUACGUGACUGUCUCACUCAAGAGCUCAGCAUGCUUUGUUGCCUUGACAGCUUGAAAACAGUGGAGGUUCUUGAUACUCCUUGUUCUGGCAUCAAUGGUUUAGUCUCAUCAUUUGUAAAAUUGUUGCAGGAAGAAAAUGCAUCUCGAGAGAGCACUAUUGUAAGAACGGCUGGAAAGCUUACUCCAUUUGAUUUUAACAGGAUGCCAGCGAGUGACGACCUUAACUGUAAUUUGGCAUCCCUAAGGCGUCAAAAGAAAUAUAAUCUGAAGUCGAAUGAAUCGCUUCCCCCAGAGUCCUUCUGUCCCAUCUGCAAUAGCCCACUCAGCAAAUCCGACUUGUUAAGUUUGAAUGAUGUUGAGAAUGGACAAUUAAGUGCUGAAACAUUUGGGGCUAAAUGUUGUUUGAGUUGCUUGUUUCAGAUCCUUCCCAAGGAACGCUCUUCCCUGGAGCACUUCUAUUCAUUUUUACCACAGCCAAUUAUUGCCCAAGCAAAGAAUGACAAUCAUUGCAAUCGGAGAUGGCUUAGGGAGCAAAUACAAGAUUGCUUGCUUUCAGACAGUGAAGAUGGAACCUAAACCUGCUAUUUGCUCAUUUUCAACUUCUUCUGCGGAUACAUCUCACUCUAGAUGCUUGUGCUUUUUAAGCAAUGGUUCACAUUGCUAGAGUUGAUGCUUCAUAAGGGGAAAAGGCUAUAGCAGCAAGCAGCCGACUGACAAGCGAACGUUUGAUAACAUCAUAAGGAGAAAAGGCUAUAGCAGCAAGCAGCCGACUAACAAGCGAACGUUUGAUAUUUAAUCCAGCUUUCGCUCCUCUUUUGCUGGUAUCAAGCUUUGAGGUGAUGCAGAUUCAUGUCUGCUAUCUAUGACAUGCAAAAUGUAUUGUUUACGUUGACCAACGGUAUAACUAUCCAUCUCUUAAAAAAAAAAUUCAGUGCUUUUUGGUAGUUUGUUUUGUUUUUUGCUCGGCAAAAGCAUCGUUCUUGUAGCGAGGUUUGAGCUCAAUGCACGGCGCCUAUCACUGGAUUACCACUCAGCAUGUGCUUUUUAGCAGCUUCUUGUGAGAAUGAAUAUAGAAUUGCCUCAUUUUUCCUUUUUUGUUGAUCGAUGACUAAUCGAUAAGAUUUGGUCAAUGCCCUUUUUGUUUGUUGUGGAAAAAUGUAUGUUCGGUUACCAUUUUAGUUUAGUUUUAGUUUAGUUUUUCAAUCAUUAUCUUAUUUCUUUUUUCCAAUUGUUAUCUUAUUUUUUCAAUUAUUA